UCAAACAUUAAACAGAUUAAACUGUUUAUUUUUCCAUUUUUCUGUGUAAAGGUUUAUUUAUGCCUGUUCAGAGGCUUUCUCUGUUCGCAUGAAAGCUACUCACACACACACACACACACACACACACACACACUCAGAUAUCAGACUCUGUGUAAUCACACACUCUGUCUCAAUCGCAUCAUAGGCUCCUGUUUCGGUUCCUGUUGACCCCUGCGUGACCUUUGAACCCCGUCUGUAGGAGAAAAGCACAGAUCGAGGCUGUGGAGUUUAUAUAAAGAGCAGCUCGUGUUUAAAUAAAGUCUAGAAUUUUUGAGGGAUUUGAACGUUGGAGUCGUUUGUACGAUGUUGGCCUACGUUGUCGGGUUUCCUGCGGAGGGGCGGAGCCUCGUGGACGGCGUUCUGGAAGGUCUGGUGGCAGCCUGCGGGAUUUCAGUGUUGUGUGACUGGAUGAGAAUCGACGCCUGUUUACGAACAAACGGGAAGUCCCUGCGUGUCCCCGGCGUCAGUGAGGACGUGUCUGUCCCGCGACCUCGUGGCCUGACGCGUCUGUUCUCAGCGCUUCACUUCUGUCUGCUGACGCUCCUGAUCUCAGCGCUGAGACUCCGAGUCGCCGCCCUGCUGGUGUUAGAGUUCACACUGAGAGCUCUCAUUCCUCUACUCACUGCUGCUGGACAGUCUGUCCCUUCCCAUCAGGCCUUGCUGCAGUGUCAGUUCUCUCUGGGUUGUGCUCUGAGCUGCACUCUGUGUUUCCUCCACGAGGGGGCGCACCAUCGCUCUCUCGCUCUGUCCCUGUGUGUGUGUCUCGCUCUGCUGCUCGCCCGUCUCUCUCGCCGUGCGCUCACACACACACUGCACUUCUAUCACACACACUCGUCCUCGUCACCGGUGUGCACCGUGUGCGUCUCGCUCUCGGCCCUGCAGCCCUCAAUCGGGCCGUUUCUGCGGCGAGCCGUCGCCGUGGCGUUCACACUCGGCGUUGUGACCUCCCUGCACGCCGUCAAUCAGCACUACAUCACGGAGACAGAAGGGGCGGGGCUAUGGAUGCCCCUCGUCCUCUGCUACACCCUGCUGCUGCUCUACAUCCAGCGUGAGAGACACACACACACUCGCACACACACUCGCGGCCUCUCGGGCGCUGAGUCUCCACUCCACUCUGCGGCGUUGCGCCUGGCGGCCAUGUUGGUUCUCCUUCUCAGCGCCGGAUUCUGGGUCGACGUCCUGCACCUAGGGCUGGUCCUGCUGGGAGAACUGCUGUGUCUCUCACACACACCACCUGCUGCACACACACACACACUCUAACACACACUAAAACACACACACACACCCUCUAACACACAUACACACAUGCACACACUCUAACGCACACUAACACACACACAGCUUGGUAAAUACCACAAAACAGUAUCCUCAGGUCACACUAAAGACGUGAAAUACAGCAACUCCACAUGUGCUACACACACACACACACACACACACACACACACACUGAACACUGAACACUAAAACCUGAACUGAAUAACAGAAGUUAAUUACAGAGCUGUUAAUGAGCUGAAACACUGACCUCCAGUGAAGGAGGUUAUGAUUCAGUCUGACCAGCAGAGGGAGUCGGUGAGUCUUGUAAAGAAUCAUUUUAGUGAAUCGACUCUUUUCCAUUUAGCUUUAAUUCAGUUUAACCACCCCGUCGUUGAUUAUUGUCCUGUAAGUGUGUAACCCUGAGUGUUUUAUUCCUCACAUAUUACAGAGUUAACCAUGAUACUGAAACUGUCUGACUGUGGAAGCUACUUAUUUAAACCUCUAUGUAAAUAUAUGACAUAAAUACAACAGUAAACACGUAAUAAACGUUAUUUUUCUUCUGCACAUAUUUUAAAGAAUGCGGACUGUAUCAGUGUAUAAGCGAGCUGUUGUGUUCCAGCUGUACUUCCUCACAUUCGCUUUUAUUCAGUUUCAGUGCACUUCACACACACCAGCACGAAGACAACAACUACAGAGCUAACAUUAAAGAACGAUGGAACAAUGGUGCACGUUAUAGAGGAGGAAGUGUGUGUGUGUGUGUGUGUGUGUGUGUGUGUGAGAGAGAGAGAUCAUGGAGGAACCUCAGUGUUCCACAAACCGAUUCGGAGAGGACGUGUGAGAGUUUAGAGAUGUUCGUGUGCCAUGCAGAAUCAGAAAACACAUCAACACCUCUGUGUAUAAUGCGUGUAUGUGUGUAAUGCGUGUAUGUCUGUGUGUGUGUGUAAUGCGUGUUUGUGUGUGUGUGUAAUGUAAUGUGUGUUUGUGUAUAUUUGUGUGUAAUGUGUGUGUAUGUGUGCAUGUGUGUGAGUGUAUAUGUGUGUGCAAUGUGUGUGUGCAUGUGCAUGUAUGUAAUGUGUGUGUAAUGUUUGUAUGUGUCUGUGUCUGUGUGUGAGUGUAUGUGUGUGUAAUGUGUGUGUGUGAUGUGUGUGUGUGUGAGUGUGUGCGUAAUGUGUGUGUAUAUGUGUGUGUAAUGUGUGUGUGUGAGUGUGUAAUGUGUGUGUGUGAGUGUGUGUGUGUGUGAUGUGUGUGUAUAUGUGUGUAAUGUGUGUGUGUGAGUGUGUGUGUGUGAUGUGUGUGUGCAAUGUGUGUGUGCGUGUAUGUAAUGUGUGUGUAACGUUUGUAUGUCUCUGUGUCUGUGUCUGUGUGUGAGUGUAUGUGUGUGUAAUGUGUAUGCGUGUAUGUGUGUGUAAUGUUUGUGUGUAUGUGUGUAAUGUGUGUAUGUGUGUAAUGUGUGUGUGUGAGUGUGUGUGUGUGUGAGUGUGUGCGUAAUGUGUGUGUGUGUUCACAACAAUCACACCAGGACUUUAUGUUAAACCACAGACCAACACAAAGACACAAACAUGAACAUAAACUUCUUUUUAAUAAUCAAAUAUAUUUACACAGGGAGUGUGUGUGAGUGUGUGUGUGUGUGUGUGUGUGUGUGUGCGUGUGUGUGUGUGUGUGUGGCUGAAUGGUUAAACAAUGACUCAUGGAUGUGCUGUAUGAAGUCGUUUCUCACAAACUGUGGUUACAGAUCAACACACACACACACACACACACACACAUAUACAAACCUCAUCAUUUUAACUUUUGUUUAAUAAAGCUUCAAAAAACUGCUGACGUUUUCUCUUUAGGAAAAGAAACACACUCACAGAAACAC